ACAAAACAUGAGCAAUCAAGGGUGACUUUCCCGCAGUUUAGUCGUAACGAGAGUAGGUGCGAAGUGCUCCGUGGAACGGUAAAGAUUCAACCCCGCUAUCUACCGGCGCUAGCUUGAAUGUCUACCUAUUGCGUCACGAUCAUUGUACCCCGACCGUUCAUCCCCAACAUAAUCAGUGCACACACGCCGUCUCAUAUUCAAGUCCAUAUCAAACAGCGACAAUGUCAACUUCAGGAGAGUCAAAGCAGCCCCAAACCCAGUACUACACCAUUUCCAACUUCGAAUUCAAGAAUGGCGACACACUGCCUGAGAUCAAACUCGCCUACCAAAUCCUCAACCCGCAAAAUGCGAAGGUGGCCAUAGUAAACACGUGCUUUAAAGGCCGCCUGAAUGGAACCCUCACUCAUUCUUCUGGCGCCUUCAAAGACCACAAGAUUAUCCUCAUCGCACUCCUCGGCAACGGCGAGUCAAGCAGUCCGUCCAACACGCCGCAUUUCCCCAAGACGAUCGAAUACAUGGACUGUGUGCGCGCAGAGCAUGCGCUUCUGACCAAAGGACUUAAUAUCGAAAGUGCAGAUGCGAUACUGGGAUUCUCCAUGGGCGGACAGAUCACGUAUCACUGGAUAACAAUGUACCCGGAAUUCGUGCGCAAAGCCAUCAUCGUGUGCUCCUCCGCAAAAACGAGUCGGCACAAUUUUCAGUUUCUCGAGGGUCCGAGGGCGGCGCUUGAGAAUGCGAGAGACGAAGAGAGUGGGAAAUAUGCAUUUGGGAAGGCGUACUCCGCGUGGCUGACGAGCGCGGAGUGGUUUGAUGAGGAGCUGUACAAGGCUAUGGGCGCGCAGAGUCUUGCAGCUUGGGACAAGGCUGUGAUGGACUCCUACCAUGACUGGACGGGCAAGGAUCUGCUUGUUAUGCUGGGAAUGUGGCAGCGGGGUGACAUUGCACGGUGCGUUCCGGAAGCGAAGGGCGAUCUGGAACAUGCCUUGCAGACGAUCACGGCGAAGGUGCUGUUGAUGCCGUGCGAGACGGAUCAGUACUUUAGGCCAUAUGUCAACGAAAGGGAGAGAAAUAAGCUAAAGAGCGCGACCGUUGCUGCGGUCCCUAGUGUUUGGGGACACAUCGUGGGCGGAGACGCGGAUAAGGAAGCUACUCGGUGGAUGGACGAUAAAAUUCAAAAGUUUCUACAAGAGUGAGAAACUAGGGUUGCCAUGAAACGAUAUGGACCAUGGGCAGUCAUACGCAUAGUAAAGCAAUGA